AUGUUAGAGCAAAACAAGGGAAAAACACUCCUUACCACCACAGAAGACGAUUACUUUAAAAUUUUGAAGAAUCCCCAAACCAACCUGAGAUUCCAACAAACUAGAUGGCUAUGGGAUCAAGAGUUGAAACAUUGUCCAGCAGAUAUUAAAUUGAACGCUGUGAAAGACUUUGUCAAGGCUGAGAAAAUUACUAGAUAUAAAAACAAGCAAGCAGCAGAAAAGGAAUCCAAAGAGGCUGCUCGAAAGGCCAAAAACCAAUUUCUUAAAAAGGUUCAAAAAGGAAAGAAGGAGAUGAUUACUGAUGAGGAAUUGAACGAAAGAUUUAAUCCCAAACAUUUUACUCGACAACCUCGUGAAUUCGAAAUGAAAGGACGAAGCAAUCAACAUCCAUAUCAAUCGUUCAAGGUGACAAACAUUUCAUUAUCACAGGAAGGAGUGUUGUUAAAACCUACCUUUUUUAAAGGGAAUGAAAGUGCAUGUCCUUCCAAGAAAUCUACGGAUCAUCUUUUGAAAUUUUAUUAUCCUGCAAGAGCACGAAAGUGGUUAAAGGAAGAGAUUGACAACAAAAAAUUUUCACACGAGACAACCUUUGUACGAGAAAGAGGAAGAUAUUUUGUUUGCCUUCCAGUCCGUUAUCACAAAGCUUUAACUCGACAAGAAUUCCAACGGUUUGAUAAAAGCUUCUACGAGUCCAAUUCGAACAGUGGAAUUGAAUAUGACAAGAUAUUUCUCAAGGACUGCCCACAACCUUCUCAAAAUGAACUCAGAAAGGAAUACAUUGCAUUGGAUCCAGGUGUUCGAUGCUUCAUGUAUGGUUAUGAUAGUAAUGGAGACGCGUUGGAGUUUGCCGCUCAAGGAGAAAACACCAUACUCUUUUCCCUUUCUCUAAAGCAAGAUCAGCUCAGGUCGGAAAUUGCCAAGAACAAAUUUCUAAAAUACAAUUCUCGGCAGGAACGAAAAUUUUAUAAGGGUUUAAGAAAAGCCUUAAAAAAGAAGAUUAGAAGGCUGGAAAGCAAAAUUAGAAAUAAGGUGAAUGAUAUGCAUAACAAAAUCAUUGACUAUUUAACUUUCCACUAUUCUGAAAUUAUAAUACCUGAAUUUAAUGUCAAGGCCAUGAUUGCUAGAAAACAAAAACAAAGGAAGCGUCAAGGAAAAGAAGAUACCACGUGUCAAGGACAAGAAGGUUAUACUAAUGGCCAAACGGAGAAUAUGGAUGUGCGAACAGAACCUCUUGUUGCAUCGUCUUCACCAUUCGAAGGAUGGGAAUCAAGGGACACCACCACAAGUGAAACCACCACCAACACCUCCGAAUGGGUUGGAAGAAAAAUUACUAGAAAAACUGUUCGCCAAAUGUUGCGAUUUAGACACUAUGAUUUUCGAAUGAAACUCUUGCAAAAGGCAGAAAUGCGUGGAUGCAAGGUACAUGUUGUCACAGAACAAUAUACAUCGAAAACGUGUGGAAAUUGUUCAGUGAUCAAGGAAGACCUUUAUGGAAGCAAAUGGUUUCAUUGCAAUCAUUGUCACUUCCACAUCCCUCGUGACGGUAAUGGAGCAAGAAAUAUUUUGAUCAAGAAUUACCAUCAUUUAUUACAUUGGUAA